AUGGAGAAAGUCAUUGCAUCGGUUAGAGUGUCAUCACUGUGUCCAAAUGCCAAAUAUGGGUGUAAAGAGAAUGUUACACAAGAAACUAGCUCAAGCCAUGAGGAGCAGUGUGUUUUUGCGCCUUGUUACUGCCCAGUGGGUGACUGCAACUAUACAGGCUCACACAAGGAUCUCAAGAACCACGUCAAUGAUGAGCACAAGGAAGGCCUGAUUCGUUUUGAGUGGGACACUCCUUUGGGAAUUGAGCCUAGUGGCCUCAGUGAGAAGAUAACCAUUCUUAGAGAGAAGAUAUAUGGGGAACUUAUCGUAAUCCGGGGGUUUAAAGGAUCAGACGGUAUGCUUGUAAGUGUGAGCUGCAUAGCACCUUUGGCAACUGAAAAGGGCAGAUUGUCUUGCAGUCUGGAAUUGAGAACCUCAAGAAACACACUGAAGCAUAUGUUGAUAGUGAAGGCGAUUCAGAAAACGAGCGAGGAACAGCCCAAAGAAGAUUUCGUGUUGAUUCCUUCCUAUAUGAUCAGGUUGAUAUGCUCUGUGGAAAUUUGCGUGAGCCGUACGUAG